GUGCACAGGCUGGGAAAACACACCUGCACGCGGCCCUCCAGGUGAGUAUAUAAGCAGGCAGGGCGGGCAGGUAAGGCACAUAACUGCCGACCUCAAGGCAUCAUGAAGUUGCUCCUGCCUCUCCUGGGUUGCCUCGCCCUCUCGCUCUCCCUCACAGAGGGCGUUAUGGUGUGCUACUACGGGUCCUGGGCCGUGUAUCGUCAGGGUGAUGGCAAGUUUGACAUUGAAGACAUCGACCCCAACAUUUGCACGCAUUUGAUCUUCGGCUUCGCGGGUCUCGGCUAUGACAACAAAAUCAGAGUGCUUGACCCGUGGAAUGAGCUGUGUGACAACUACGGCAAGUGUGGCUAUGAUCGCUUCAACGCCCUGAAGAAGAAGAACACCAACCUUGUCACCAUCCUUGCUGUGGGCGGCUGGAACGAGGGAUCUGCCAAGUACUCCAAGAUGGCAGCCAGCGCAGCUACUAGGAAGAUCUUCGUGGACUCCAGCGUCGAGCUGCUGAAGGAGCACGGGUUUGAUGGUCUUGACAUGGACUGGGAGUACCCGACCCAGCGUGGAGGCGCCCCCGAGGACAAGGAGAACUUCAUCCUUCUGCUCAAGGACCUGAAGGAGGCCCUGCACGCUAAUGGAAUGAUGCUGACGGCUGCUGUGUCUGCGGGCAAGUUAACCAUCGACCCCGCCUAUGAUGUCCCGGGCAUGGCUCAGCAACUGGACAUGGUCAACCUGAUGGCCUAUGACCUGCAUGGUGCCUGGGACACCUACACCCACCACCAGUCUGGCCUCUACGCUCACCCCGAUGACACUGGCGACAACCUCUACCUUAACCAGGACUUCGCUGUCAGGUACUGGAUUGAGAAGGGCAUGCCGGCCAGCAAGAUCACCCAAGGCGUUCCUCUGUACGGCCGCUGCUGGACUCUGAAGAAUGGAGACAACACUGGCUACUACGCUCCCGCCCCCCAGCCUGGCAUGGCAGGACCCUACACCAGGACUCCAGGAUUCUUGGGUUACAAUGAGAUCUGUGAGGGAAUCUUGGAUGGCUGGACAGUUGUCAACGAUCCUGCCAUGCACGAGCCUUACGUGUAUAGCCUGGAGCAUAACCGCAUCUGGUGUUCCUACGAUGAUCAGGACUCUGUGAAGACCAAGGCUAAUUACGCCAAGGAACACGGUCUGGCUGGCAUGAUGGUCUGGAGUAUUGAGACUGACGACUUCAAGGGCAAGUGUGGCCGCACCUUCAACCUCAUCAAGACCAUGGUGGAGACCUUCACCGGCUCUGAGAUCACCCCUGGCCCCACUCCUUCCCCCACCACCCCUGACCCUGACGCCACCACCACCAAGCCAGUCACCAAGCCUCCCACGCCGCCCCCAACUGACAAGUGCAAGGCUCCCGGCAUCAACGCUGAUCCCGGGAACUGCCACCACUACUACCUAUGCUCUCAGAACACCGAGGGCGGGUAUGAUGCUGUGGUGGAGGAGUGUGCCCCGGGAACUCUCUUCAACGCCAAUGCUUACAUCUGUGAUUGGGACCAUGUUGUCUGCGCCAUCCCCGGAAUGUGCCCCAACGACUGUCCCUAGAGAGCGCAUGCGCCAGCACGCACCGUCCCUACUUGUGCACCAGUGCCUGUGAAGCCUCGAAGCGUCACACUCGCUAUGGAGACUUUAUUUAAUCUUUUUCUUCUUUCACCGUCAUUAGCAGUAUGUUUUCCUUUCAAACUCUGUGAGAUCUUAGAAUAUCAGGUUUUCCUUUAAGGUUCAUAAUGUUAAGAGCAAGUUUGUGUGGCUUGGAUGUCCAUAUCAGGGAGCAGCAGACGGGACGGUGGUGGAGUGUUAGAUCAAUGCGAGAAAACCAAAAGGAAUCACUGCCAUUACUGUAUUUCAAGUAUUGAUCUGUAAUGAAAGAAAUAAAAUAUAGAAAAA